AUGGAGGAAAUUCUCGAAAAAAAGCUGAUAAAGAGAAAUUUUUUAUAUAAAAAUGAAAAAUUCCAAGAUAGAAGAGAUGCUAAGAAAAGGGCACAUAGGAUAAGAAUGGCCCUAUUAAACAUGAGCGAAAAGGAGGAGAAUUAUUUUUUAAUGGAUGUAUAUCCGUUAAUAAAAAGUUAUAUAAAUGAUGGAGUUCCAUGUUAUUAUCUGAACAAGACGUAUAUUUUUCGAAAGAGUAUACUAAACAUAUUUUACUCAAUGAUAUAUAAAUUUAAUAAAAUAAAAUAUAUUGUAGAAAUUUUUGAUAUUUGUUUAAAUCUCAUUGUAACACAAAAUGAAGAAUAUACAAUUAUUUGUAUAAGAAUAAUUACAGAAAUAUGUAAAUUACAUAAGCACUGUUUGAUACUGUUUGAUAUUUAUAAAUACGUGAAUGUUGUUUCGAUGCACAUUUUAAAAGCUUUUUACAAAAAGGUAAUUAGUAAGGUUAAAAGAGGGAAAUUUCUCAAAUCAGCAAUCAAUAUAUAUACAAAAAGUCACAGAAGAAAAGCUAAGUGUGUUCGAAGUGGUAAAGAAUCCCUGAAAGUUGUUAGAGAAAUAAUUUGGUCAAAUUAUAUAUUGAUAAACUUACAUCCGAAAUUGUUAAAUAACAAUGAAAACUACAUAAAAAUUUUGUGUAAAAUUCUUUCACUGAUCAAUAUAUUAGACUUUAAAUAUUCGAAGCCAUUUUACAUAGAACAAAUUAACUUUUCAAUGAAUUCGAUUUAUAAAACUUCAUAUAAUUAUCAUUUUGAGAAUACAUAUGUAUCCAUAAAAAACACCAUCACCAGGUGUGAUAACAGAAGUAAUAAUGUUUUAUAUCCGCAUAAAUUCGAAAGGGUUUAUAAUUACUUAUUCGAAGAUAAGAAAACAACUUUUUGCAACGCAUCAAUUGGGGUAAUUUCCGAAUUUUCCAAAAAGGGAAACACUGAGGAGGACAGCAUUGAGGGAAGCCCUAAGAAGAGUAAUAAUAAUGAAAUAAAUCAUAACGAUAAGAAUUUAAUUUUUGUCAAUUAUGCAUGCUUUAACGAUUGUGUCACAGCUAAAGAAAAGUUUCUUCAACAUGAUACAGACAAGAGUAGGUCGAAGAAGGGAGGUAUGUCAAAUAGCACUAAUAGUUACAAUAGGAGGAGCAGUGAUUACAAUUUAUUUAGCAGUUUUUCUUUAAAUGAUAAUUACACUAAUGAAUUAUACACUGCAUUAAAAGAUAACUGUAAUAUUUUUCUUCAAAAUAAAUUGAAAACAUUGAAGAAGCAAUUUUAUAAAAAUGUAAAUUAUAAUAUUUACGAGAUUGAUUUCCAUAGGUUAUCAGAACUUUGGAACCUAAAAAACAUUAUUGUGUACAUGCUGAUCCAUCAUUUAAGAAUGGGUAACAUGAAUAGAUAUUUUCAUUUUAAAGAAUUUCUCAUAGAAAAAAUUCUGGAAUUUUUAAAAUAUGAUACAAUGUAUAUUAUAGAAAAAGGAAAAGAUUUUGUCGAAAAUAUUCGAUUAUUGUUACAUGGUAAUUUCAAUGAAAAUAUGAAAUAUUAUUUAAAAUUUUUUGUAAAUCCAAAUACAUACACGAGUUUUUUAACAUAUAAAUAUAAUGAUCACUUAAAUGCACAUAUAUUUAUAUUAAUACAUGAUAUAUUCCUUUACUUUAAGAAUAAAAAUGUAUGGAAUUAUGAUGUAGUGAAAAGUUGUAUAUCUACCUAUUCCUUAGUUAUUAUGAAUAAAAACUGUUCUAUUUUUAUUCAGAAUAUAUGUGUAAAAUUGCUAGUUUACACAAUUGAAGUAUUAUUUACCAUGAAGAAAAAAAAUGCGUCCUAUUUUUCACUCUAUUUUGAUAUUCUAAAUUUAAUGUUACAUAAAAGCAACUCGUUGAAGUACGAAUUGUAUGAAGUGUACAAGAUAGUAGUUAGCAGAAAUAAUGUUAAUAUAACAUGUACAAAAAGUGGAAAGAAAAAUGAAAGGAGUUCUUGUAACGUUCUUAAAAAUAUGAAAUUUCAGAAGAAUAAAUUUUAUAGUUGUCCAAGUGACGUUAAAUAUCAUUCAGAUAGUCAUUGUUGUUUUGUUUUAUCACGUAAAUGUUUUCAAGAAAUUCCACAAAAAAAAAGAACACGCGGAGAAAAAAUCAGUUCGAUGGUCAAAGAUUACGAUUAUAUUCAUACAAAUAGAACAAAAAAGAUGAAGAAAACAAAAAAACAAAAAAAAAAAAAAAAAAGAACACUUAAUGAUUACUGCACUUUGAAGACAAAACACGACCUAAAUGAAAUGCUGAAAGAAUAUAAAUAUUUGCUUUACGCCAUGUAUGAAUGUAUAAAAAAUAACAUAUAUUACAUUUAUUUAUAUUUUAAUAAGGAAAUCAUUAUAAAUAAGAUGCAAGUAGAGAAAUGGGAUGGAAGAAACAUUUUGCACCAUCAGAGGUGUGACAUUUCUAAAGAAGGUUUGCUCAAUGAAGAUAAAUGUGCGCAUAAGACUUUGAAUGGGAACAGCAACAUUUUGAUUAAUCCUCUAGGUAGGGAACAGAUACUCGGGGAAUAUUACAAAAGUUAUCAGGUGGGCGCUAACAAGGGUAAUAAGGAGGAUGGAAACUCCAAUGACAACAUUGUCCAUAACAGCAGCAAUUUGAAUAAUAAUAAUAUGGGUAAUAAUAAUAAUAUGAGUAAUAAUAAUAAUAAUAUGAGUAAUAAUAAUAAUAAUAUGAGUAAUAAUUCCACAGAAGUAGUGAAUAAUAGAAAACGGGCCAAAAAGAGUAGUAGCAUAGGGAAAAGGAAACGCCCAAAUCGUCAGAGGAACUCCAAUAAAAAUGCACAGAAUAUUGUACCCAAUAAAGAUAUGAAAAAUGAUAAGCGGAAUGAACCUAUCGAUGGUAAGAAGUUGGACCCGUGUGGAACAUUUCCUACGGAUAAUGAUAAAUUUAGUUCCAUGUUGGACACAUCUAUGAUUAAUAAAUUAGAGAGAUUUUUGCACAGUAACGAUGAAUACUCUAACAAUGCGGAAACCAGUAAACUGUGUGAUAUCAAGAAUUGGGAAUCAUCCCUCAACAAGGAGUUUUCAAAUGCUGAUGGUGAUCAUUAUGAAGGUAAUAACUCUGUAGCUUUAAAAUAUUUGGGAAAUAAUGAUGACUUUUUAAUUAGUAAUUACAACUGUGUUGUUAGAAAUAACGGUAUGCCCAAUGAUAUAUAUCAAAGGAAUGAAAACAUGUUUACAGGUAAGGACAUGUAUCUAUGUAACCAGUCAAUUGAAAAUGAUUUAAGCAAUUAUAUGAAUAGUUACAACAGAGAAAAUGAAAAGAAAUUAAAUAGUUAUAUAUAUAGUUGCGUCACACAAAAGGAGAAUUGUUCGGAGUUUUUUAUGAAUUAUCAUAAGUACCCAAAUGGUAGUAAUAUUUUUAAUGGUAUAGAGCAUGAGUCUAUUUCUGAUAUAUUUGAGCAUAAAAAGAGUAAUAUUUAUGAGUAUGAUAAAAAAAAAAUAUAUAUAAAUAGUCAAUGCGUCAAUCAAAAUGACCAUAUUCAGGAUAUAAAUAAUAACAUUGAGAAAAGUGUGAAGCGUGAUAAUUGUGAGAAUAUUUUUAAAAUGAAUAAACAGAACGGGAAUGGCUCAGAAUGUGAUGACAAAAAUGAAGCACAAAAAAAUGAUACUUUUGAAGACAUGUAUGAUAUAAAUAAACUUGAUUUUUUAAUUGAGAAGAGUAUUUUUUCUUCGUGUUAUGAACUGAAUGAUGUAUGGCUUAAGAUAAUAUACAAAAUUUUUUAUCACAUGGUUAUAUGUUCCAUAUUGUUCAGUUCUUGUUUUUCACACAUGACUGUAGAAAAUUUAGGAAUAAAAGAUGAAUCUAUAAGAAGAAUUGUCAGAAUGAAGAUAAUGAGAGGUGAUCUGUAUGAUCGAAACGUUAACUUGAAAGAGAAUCAUACCAUUGACAAGGGUUGGAAUGAUAAACCAUCGGUUAACUGCAAUUAUCACGAAUACAUAAACAUUAAAGUGAAUAAUUUGUCAAAAGAAGAUAAAAAAAAAGUUUUCACGUGUAUUAGUUAUAUACAAGGUGAAGAGAAGAAAUUAUUGUACAUGUGCGCGAACAGUAUAAUUUACCUAAGUAGGAAUAAUUUCCACGUUUUUAUGAUUUAUUCAAUUGAUUUAUUGUUUAAAUUAUUGUUUCUGUAUCCGCAAGUAUUUUACAUUUUUCAAGUAUUUGGUGCGUUAAGAAGCACAAGUACUUUAUUCUGCAAAGUUUGUUUUAGUUAUAUAAUUAAGAAAAUGAAAAAAUUUUUAAAAUUGAAGAAUUGUUUAAAACCAUUACUUUAUUUUAAUAAAAAUGUCAGAAGUAAAUUGAUGACAGAUUUAUAUAAGUACAAAUUGUUAUACAAGUUACAUUCUUCGUAUGAAUGUCUAAUAAAUGAAAGUCAUUAUGGAAGUCUCACAUAUUGUAACAAAUGUGUGAAUAAUUCAUCCUUCAGCAAUGAGAUAAAUGAAUCAAGUCAGAGUAAACCCAUUGAAAAAUCAUGUAAGAAUGGAAAAAUUAGGAAACUUAUGACAAAUAUAUCGUUUUCUAUGCUCAAAAAUAAGAGUAAAAGACUUUUAACUGUAAAGGAAAGAAGAAGAAAUAUGUGCCAAGGAAUCAUAUUACGAUCGUUUUCUCAAAAGGGAAAAUUUGGAAGAAGCACAUUUUCCCAUAAACAGUAUCCAAUUUGCAAUAUAAGAAAGAAAAUAAAAAAUAAGAGAAAGAAUGGUAUGUAUAACUUUGGAAUAUGGGUAGACUAUUUCGACUUUCACAUUUUAGAAGAAUAUGAGCAUGGGAGAAGUGGCUUAUCCAAUUUUGAAUCAAACGAUAUAAAUUUAGUGUUACAAAAGGACACAAAUUUUUUUAAAGAAUUGACUUAUCACGAUGAUGUAAAGCUACCAGAUGAUUGUAAUAAUAAUAUGACAAAUUUUGUAAAAUUAGACAAUUUGUGUUAUAUAAAAAAGAAAAGAAAGAAACACUAUAUUAUUCAUAACAUAGUAAAGCGUGACAUAACAAAUCCCGCUAAUUUUGUUUCACCAGAAAUUCGCAAAUUAGCAAAAAUGAAAAAGAAAAAAAUCGAGAUAAUAAAAAAAUAUCCAAAUUAUGUAAAAUCGAAUGGAAAAUUCGUAAACAAUUUUGUAUCGAAUGAAAAAAUGUAUAGGUCUUAUUCCUUAAACUGUCAUAAGUUUGCAAAUGAUAAAAGCACCUUUAAAAAAGAUAUAUUAAAUGACUUAGAGUUUUUGUAUAAAACUCGUUCAAAUAAUGUAGACAGAAAAAUACCAAAGAAUAAAAAGAAUAAGAUAUGUGAUGAUUUUAUAAAAACAAGUGAUUAUAUAAUAGGUUAUAACUGGUUUACCAUGAAUAACACCUUUAAUAACUAUUUAUCAUAUAACGAUGUAAUUAUUAAAGUAACGUAUUUUCUUCUUAAGGUAAUGAAAUAUUACGCAAGUACGUAUGGGCAAUUUUUAAAAGAGUUAAGAACUAUUUCUGAAAUAUGUUUGGAUAUAAUUUUAAAAGAUAAUAAAUGCAUUCAAGUUGUCAAUUUGUUAAAAUGUCUUCUUGAGACCAUAUGUUUUAUAAACUGUGCGAAUGAAUUGAAAGGGGAUAAAAAUAACAAAAUUGAAGUUCAUUUUCCAGUAGACAAAAUGCUUUUGCGUGAUAAUUUGAGCUAUAUGAAAUGUAUAAAUUACUUGAAAACAGGUAGGAGUACUAAUGAAAAUGCAAGUAACUGUAGAACUAAUGGUGUGGCAGCAGACAUCUUGAAUGACGAAAAUUCAACACAAAAUGUUGCGAAUGACGAAAUUUAUUUUAUCAGUAAGAAGGAAAAUGAGGAUGGCUAUGGAAAAUAUAAUCAAAAAGAAUAUCGGGUGAAGGAGGAAAUUAUAUCCAAACAUAAGAGAGAAGGAAGAAAUGGAGAAUACAGCAACAGCAACAGCAACAGCAACAAAUUCGGGAGUAAUAACUGCUUCAUAUGCAAUGAUUCGUCUUGUGAUCCUCAAAAAAAUAAAAUAAAAAACGAGGAUACGAAUAAGUCAAGGGACAUAAUCAUGAAUUUUUUAAAUUGGUUUGAAAAUGUACACUCUGAUUUUCCGAAAUUGUUUAAAAUGCUGUUUUGUGAAAUUUGUCUAGGGUUGCCUAUUAACUAUUUCAUGAAUGAACAUUUUCACAUAUACCUUAAAUCAUUGUUAGUUUGUCUUAAUUCAAAAAAUAUUAAUAGAAUAAGGGUUGCAUUAAAAGCUUUGGAAGAGAACGUUUGCACGAUUAAUAACUAUGGUAUAAAUGGAAACGUUUCAUCUCCUCUUCUUUUUAAUAAUAAAAACGGAACAAUUUCGCAUAUAUUUACUAUUUUGAUGAAAAUUUUAAGAAAAAAAGUUACAUUUCAUCUAAAUUUUAACAAAAUAUAUGAGCAGAAGUAUUAUUUAAAUGACCUAUAUAGAAAUCCAUCAGAUAUUAUGUUUCUCAAAAUGGGUGUAAUAUAUAGUCAGAAGAUUUUAUCAGAAGGGGAAAAGAAUAAGUAUAUAAAUAAAGUAUACAUGGAGAAUUUAUUUAUUAUUUUGAAACUGUAUAGCAAAUUUGUUUAUGAUAAUGAGUUAAUGAAUAAUUAUUAUUCUCAUAUGAAUAAUAAGAGAAAUGUAGUUCCACAUUUUAGAAUAGGUUUUUUUUUAAAGAGAAAAAUAAAAGAAAACAGCAGAAAAAGAUCUAUUAAAAAUGUGAAGAAAGGUAAUGAAGAUGUUGUAUGUUGUAUAUAUAAUGAAAGUGGAAAUACACUAAUGGAUAUAACUACGUCUUCUAUUGUAUACCAAAAGAAAGCAGAAUGUAGUGAGGAGGCAAAGGUAGAUAGUAAUAAAUUAUCGUCAUAUUGUAACAAAAAUGCUAGCAACAGUUGCAAAUUGAGUGGAACUAAUAAAAGGAGAAAAAGAAACAUUACGGUGGAGAAUGAAAAUAUCAUCAAUGGAAGGAUCACUACAGAGAUAAGCAUUUCGAAAGAUAGUGUACAUGAUGCUGAGAACAAGAGUUUAGAUACGAACAUUUUAAGAAGGAGAAACAUAAGAGUUGCAUGUAGAAGAAAAACGAACAAUGUAAACAACAUCGAAAUAGAAGAAGAGAAAAAAUGUAAAAGCACACAAAAUGGGCUAUCCAAAUUUUAUAACAAGAACAUGGUAGAAGAGAUUAGGAGAAAUAAUGCAGAUUCGAAGGAAACAAAAAAUUCUACUUUUAAGGAUAAAAAACUGAAUGUUCCAUUUGGAGACGUGAACAAAAAGGGUGAUAAUGAAAAUGAGGAUAUAUUUAACAUUACAAAACUGCUUAUGAAUGAUACUACUUAUGACAACACAUUCAACAAUGUUAUACAACAUAUCGAUUUGGAAGAAACACUGAAUUAUUGCUAUAAAGUUUUAAAGAAUAAUAUGAGGAACAAUAGUUUGAAAUGUUCAUAUUAUUAUAAGAAGAACCUGAUAAGUGAACAUUUUAGAAAUAAAAUUUUCAUUAGAAAAAAUAUAAGCAAAUAUGUUAAGAAGAAGAAGAAGAAAAUAGGAGAAAAGUUCAGCUUCUUUAAUUUUAAUGAAUUACCAAAUUUGAAAAAGAGAAAAUUGUUUGACCAAAAUGAAUCAAUAACUGAUAAAGGGUGUAAAAAAAAAUUGAGGAUUGACAAUUUAUUUAGUGGAAAAAACACAAAAUUCUUAAGUUUGACAUGCAGUUUUGAGAAUGGGAAAUCUGGUGUAAAUAACUAUAAGAGCCAAUCCAUUUUUAACAUUAAAAAGAAGGGGAAACUAGUACAAGAGAAUGUAACACAUACCCGUUUUGCAAGAAAAAUAGAUGGAUUAGUAUAUGGAAGUAAUUAUUAUGAGAAAAAAAUAAGUACUCAUUUUUUUAACCAAAAGAAAUCGCGAUUAUGUCAAUAUAGGAAAUUUAAUGGACACAAACAAUUUAUUAACAAUGGGGAAUUGCAUUACUUUGAGAAAAGUGAUUUGUGUUAUUUUUGCAUUUUGAAAGAUCAACGAAUUAGUUGUUACAGGAUUGUUCUUUCUAUUUUUAUUUUUAUUUUUAAUCAUUCAAACUGUAUAUCGGAUUACUACCAAUAUACGCUGAAUAUAGGAUCGCUAAAUAAAGACUUUAUGAAGGAUUCAAAUAGUGCAUCCGUUGGCAUUAACAACACGAAUGGUGUAAUAGAAACAGGGAUAAAAGGGAAUCAAAUUGAUGACACAAAUUGUGGUGGAAAGAAUGAUAAAAUUCCGAAAGAGAUUUUUAAUCAUGUUGAGAAGGUUAUUAUAGAUAGUGCAUCUCUAGAAUGUAUGAAGAACGAAUGUAAUAGUCCGAAUAAGCAUAAUAAUGCAUUAAAGAAAAAGCUGGAUAUUUCAUGUGACAAUAAAAAGAAGAAUAAAUAUUCCUUUGAAACGUGCAAAUGUAAAAAACAUUUAUACAAAUAUUCCUUUAUUUAUAAAGAUAGUAAUCAUAUAUUCAUAACAAAAUUAAUGUAUUGCUUCUUAGUUAUGUUAAUAGAAAUAAAUGAUAAAGUGAAAACGAAUGAUAUGGAAUUGAUAGAUGAAGAAAGAAGUAAAAGUAUAGACCAAACUAAUGAGUGCAAGUGCCAAAUGACAUGUAGUGACGAAACAUGGAAGAUUAAAUUGAAAUAUAUAGUUAAAAAUGUUGUUAGGAGAAUAUCCUUGAUACUUUCGAACAGAUUUGUUCUAACAGGAAGAAUGAAUUUUAUUUAUGUAAUGAAUCAUAAUAACGAAAUAGAUGUAUCAUCUUUUAUAUUUACUUUUUGCAAUUUAGUUGAUUACCACCCACGGUUUAUAGAAAGGAGUAUAGAAGGUUUGAGAUUUAUAGAAAAAAUUUUAAAAACAAUAUUAAAUGUGCAGCCAAUAAAAAUUAAGAAAUGCAUGAAGUGUACAUUUUUUUCGAAUUUAUGCACAUGUAUAUGUAAUAUAUGCAAUGAUACAAAAGUAAAGAAAAAAAUAUUUGGCUUAUUACUCUUGUUGAGAGUAAGUAGGAUUUUACCCCCAUACUGGAUCAGAUUUAACAUAUAUAAUAUUAUCUACGCUUUGUUAACCUGUUAUGAGAGGUUCAAAUUAAAAUAUGUGAGAAUAGUGCAGUUAUUAAUUGAGGAAUGUUUUACUUUAAUUAUUUCUUCCUUAUUUAUUGGUUAUGUGGGUGAAAUUAAUACUUACAUUUUGAAUAAUUUUGAUGUUGUAGAUAAUACUUAUAUAAAUGACAUAAACAAAUUAUGUGUGGUGGAUGAUAAGGUUGAUGAGGCAGCUCUUAAAAGAAUCGAACGUAUUAAACAUAGUGCUAUUGAGAAAAUAAAAAGUAGCGUAGAAAUGGCAAGAUCUUUUGGAGGAGUGAAUAAUAAAGAAAUAAACAACUUUAAGAAUUCGAAUCCAAAGCAUAAGUGCACUAGAUAUAAGCGAUGUUGCAAAAAUAAUCCUUUUUGGUAUAGAAUGGAUGAGGUGUAUACAUGGGAUAUUCUUUCUCUAAAAGGAAGGAAUAAGAGAAGUGAAAAAGAUAUUAAAAAAAUGGUUAAAAUAUUAUUUAACAUAUUAAAAAUAUUUAUAUACAAUUUAAAUAAAGAAGAGCAUGAUAGACAUUUCAUAAAAAGGGCAUUUGUUAUUAUUUCAAAAAUUUUAAAAACGGAUCUACGGGAAUUGUUAACAUAUAAAUAUGCCCCCAAACGAAAUUUAUGUUUGCAGGACUUAUUCAUUAAGCAUUUUUCCAUUCCCAACUUUGUAAAAUCUUCGUUGAAACGAAAAAUUUCUUAUUUAGAUUUUUAUUGUUUUUUCUUAUCACAAGAACGGUAUAUAAUGUUUGAUUUUCAUAUGAUGAUCAAUUUGAUAGAAAUAAUUGUGAAUAUUAUAGAGCACUUAGAAAGAAAAGAUGAGGUCAAUAAUAUUUUUUGUUACAUCCUUAAUGGAAAUGUUCCGCGUUCCUGUUCAAAAGCUGAAGGGCAUAAUGGAGACAUUUGUGAAAGAACAAAUAUUGGCUUUCUACAUAAUGAGAAAAUGAAUUUUGGUGUGGACUGUAUCCUGAACAAGUGGAAGAAUCAGGAUAUUAACAAUUUAGAUGGGAAUCAUGAAAACGUGAAACUUGUAGAUGCAAACCAUGACUAUGUUAACCCUUUACACGUAAGCAAAACUCCUCAGUCCAGCAUUUUGCACAAUUUUGAAGGAGAUAAUUCUGAUACUAAAAAUUUGAACGAUGGAUUAAAUAUUUUAUGGAGCACUGAGAUAGAUGCUUACAAUACCAAUUUGAAUAAUCAGAAAAGCAUGGAUUUGCAAAAGUUGUAUGAAAAGAUUAAGAAGAAAAAUAGAGAGUGUUCCAUUUUAUAUAAAAAGGAUAACAUUAGCAUAUUGGAUAGCGCGAAUGAAAAUUAUAGCAAAAAUGAAAACUGUAGUAAAAAUGAAAACUGUAGCAAAAAUGAAAACUAUAGCAAAAAUGAAAACUAUAGCAAAAAUGAAAACUAUAGCAAGAGCGAAAACUAUAGCAAGAGCGAAAAUCAUAAUAUGAACACAACCAUAGACGACACUUCACAUAAAUGGCCAGACCCUGCUGAUAAUGCUGUUACUCCGUUGAAAACAAAUAUAGAUGGUAAAAAUAAUGAUGAUUUUUGUGAAAUAGAGAAUCUGUGGAAGAACAAGGAUUCAGAAAGAAGGAAAUCUCCCAAUUCGCUUCAUUCAUUAUGUGAUAAUAGUAAAUUAGCCAUAUUUGCUAAUGAUAAAGAUGCACUUUCGGUAGGGAAUAAUAAAAAUCGGACGGAUGAUAUUAGCAUGGAAAAUAAAGUUGUAUUGGGUAAUAUUUCAGAAAAUUACAAUUAUCCAUUAAGUGAUCGUAAUAGAAUGGGAAUUAUAUUUAAAAAGGCUGAUAAUUUUUUUUUAUUUAAUAAUAACAAAAGAAAGAAUGAAAGUAACAUUGUGAGGAAUACAUUAAAUUAUAAACAUUUGAACAAAAAUAUGGAUGAUAAUUAUGCUAUGAGUUCCUGUAACAGCAUAAAUGAUAAGGCUACGAUUAUGAAAAAAAAGAUCAUAGAUCAUAAUAGUAAUAAUAUUUUUUUUGAGAAGAAGGAACAAAAGUCUAAGACUUGUAUAAUACGAGACCAUAAAUGUAGUUAUAUCUCCAACAACUCUCCGUAUAUUGAAAUGGAAAAUUUAGAAAAUGGUAAUAAUGCUUUUAAGUGUUUUAAAUAUAAUUCAGUUGAGAGUAAUGAAAACUUAUUAAAAAAGGAAGUGAACAAUUUAAAUGGAUUAAGCAUGGAUGUUCUAGCAAUUGAUGGUAAGAAUAUUACGGAAAAUACGAAGAUUUUACAUUCAAGCUAUUAUGAGAAUUUUUAUUUUAAUAAUAUUGAACGAGAUGAAGGGAAGCAUGUGAUCGCGUCAUCUGAAGGUAAAACUAAAAUGUUAAAUGAUGAUUUGAUGAGUUGUGUUCCAAGCAUGGAUAUAGAGCAAAAAAUAAGAGGAAAAUUUUCUAAUGAUGAGUCCGCGAAGGAUGAGUCUGUGAAGGAUGAGUUUAUGAAGGACGAAUUUGUGAAGGACCAUUUUGAGAAAGAUCAGUUUGUGAAGGACGAGUUUAUGAAGGAUAGGUUUGAGAAAGAAAACUUUACGAAGAAACAAUUUUUAAAGGAAGAGUACUCAAUAAUAAUUGAAUUUUUUUUAUAUUUCAUGACUUUUGUCAGAAUUUUCUUUAGUCAUCAUUUAUAUAAGUGCAUGUUACCCACAGUUAACUCAUUAACAUAUAAGAGGAGCUUAUACCUAUAUAAUCGAUGUAUUCAUAUUUUAGUGAAUUUUUUAUUUAGUAAAGAGAAAGAAUUAUGUGUUAAGGCAGAAUACUGCUUACACUUUUUAAUAGUUAUUAAUGAACACAAUAAGAACACAGGAAUGCACGAGGAUAUGAUGAACAAUAAUGGAAGUUCUUCUAAGAAUUACAAUAGUGUUAAUAUAAAUGCAAAGGAAAAGGUGAUACGAUCAGGUAACACGAAAAUAAUGAGUAUGAACAAGAAUUUUUCAAAUGUUUGGAAAUUAAAUAAGAACGAUUUAAAAUUAUAUUUAAAGUCUAUAUUGUGGAAUUUAUCUUAUGCUCUACGUAAUAAAGGUUUCAUUUUGAAAAAAAAUUUUAUUAUUGGUAUUAGCAAAGUAUAUUCCUUUUUUCCUCAAUUUUUUUCAUCUUAUCUAAUGGACGGAUUUGUGAAAUAUGUAAAAUUUUAUAAUGAGAAGUGUAUGCACGAUAAAUUUAUUCACGAAAAUGUUGAAAAGGUAAUGGAAGUUUUUUACAACUUUUUUACUAGCUCAAAAUUAACGUAUGACCAAUUUAAGGAAAUAAUUAAUUUACUAUUUAGUAUACAUAAUCGUGUAAAAGAAAGGAGCACCAUUUCGUUUGCUCAUUUGAAGGAUUUGAAUACAUCAAAGAAUGGCAGCAAAUGUGUAAAUGUAAAUAAUGAAAAUUAUUCCUUGGUUAAUGGAAUCAAUAAAUGUGGAAAAAAUAUAGCUGAUGUAGAAUUGCGGGAAUACAAGAACGAUCAAAAAAUUGGAAAUACGAGUAAUAUCUUGGAUGAUAAAGAAGAUCAAGUGGAAAAUGUAUAUAAAGAAAAAAGUUUACUUGAACAUUUCAUAAUAAAUUGUAGUAACAAUGAGCAAACUCAAAUGAACAUUUCAUAUAUGCACGCAUUGAGCUUGUUAUGUUCUAACAAUUACGAACAUGCGUUAAAAUAUUUUAUUGAAUUUAGAUAUAACCCUAAAAUAUUUUCAUACUUCGUUUCAACAUUGAGGAUAAGAAGUCAAUCUGGAUUUAGAAAAUACAUAUUUAAGAAAAUUUCCUUGUUUGUUAAUAUUCUGUUAAAAUAUAUUUGUGAUUUUAAAUCGAGUGAAGUUCUGAUGCAUGUGUUUGGUUUAUACAUUUUUAAUGUUAGAGAUGAAGAACUGAAGGAAAUACUUUUUUAUGAUUAUUUCAAGUUGAAGGAAUAUGUGGACAGAACUGUCGAAAUGGACAGAGAAGUGGAUACGUCUACUUAUUUGAGGAAGAGUUUACCAAUUCGAGAGAGGAGUAACAUACAAAAUGAUAACCACAAAAUGGAUUAUGAACUGAGUUGUAUAGCAGUUAUGAAUAAUAAUUGUAAUAAUAAUAAAUUUUUAAUGAAUUUUUUUAAUCUUGUAAAUGUUCUGAACUGUUUACUAAAGUAUGAACCAUCUUGGAUAUUUUUGAAUUUUUACGAUGACAGAAUUAGGAAAAACAAAAGGAGCAUAAUUGAAGUGUUGUAUUUGUGCUUAAGUAAUUUAAUCAGUGAUUACUUAUUUUUGGAAAACACUAAUUUUUUAUCCCUAUUAUGUAGGAAGGAAGGCAAAAAAUGUGUUAAAAUAUUGACACUUUUUUUCUACUUUUCACGAGAUUUGCUGAGGUGUGUAAUGUUAGACUCAGGAACUCAACUAAAUGGGACGACACAUAGUAAAACGAAUAAAACAUUAGGAAUGUAUGAAAAUUAUAACAGAGAAAAUAUUACAUAUGAUAUUAUAAAAUACAAUAGUUAUCUCUUUUAUUUAAGAACGAAUUUGUUUAUUAUACUAACUUUUAUUGUAUGCACAAGGAGUAACAAGGAUUACAGUUAUUUACAGACGUUUUUAAAAAAAUGCAUAAAGAAAAAAUUAACAUUUAGAGAAAAACGAUUUUUAUUUUUUACAAUAAUACACAUUUUAAAAACUUUUAAUCUUCCAAUUUUUGUGAAAUUUUUUGAGAUAUCUGUAGAAUUUAUCAUUUUGCCCAUAUUGAGAGAAUAUACAAGGAGAUUGGAAAAUGUAGAGUAUAUUACUUUUAGUGGUGACAAAUACGGUAUGACUGAUAUGGAUGAAAAAUUAGGAAUUCAUGGAUUACAUCAAAAUAGAAUUAUUAUGAGUGUACUUACAAAGAUAUUUACACAAGAGUAUAUGCAUCAAAUUAGUGGAAAUGACAAAAGUAACCCAGCGAGGGUAGAUACCAAUUGUAGAAGAAAUGUAUAUAACAUUAAAACUUACUGCAAAACUAGUGAAUGUGUUUUUAUAGAUGAUAACAAUAAUAAUGUAGGAAAUAAAUGUGAUAGAAAGAGUGUUGACAUACGGAAUUGGAGACAUCAAAAUAAUUUAAACACAUUGAAUGACAAUACUUAUGUUAAUUUGAAAAAAAAUAACAUAUGUGGAACAUCAUUUAUUAGGAAUUCGCAGAAUUGUUGUUUUGUAUAUAAUUUGAAUGAUGACAAGGAUUCAAGUAGUGUGAACAAUUACUAUUGUUUAUUCCAUAUGUCUAUUCAUCGGGAAAAGAAAAAUAUGAAGCAUUACCCAUUUUAUAAUAAUAAUUUAUUUGUUAAUAUAAAUGAAAUUUUUUACACUUUAAAGGCCCUAUUAGGCGGCAUAUCAUAUUCCAUGAAAAUCAUUAUGAACAAGCUAGCUAUAAGCAAUAGGUUCAUAGAUAUAGUUAGAAAACUAAAAUGCAAGAAAAGCAAAAUUUUAUUAUUCACUUAUAUAGAAAUGGUUAAUAACGAUUAUAUGUAUUUUCCAUGUGAUAGCAUAAAACAUUUAAGCAUUCGUAAUAUUAUUAACAUGUAUAAGUGCAAUUAUAAUAGUAAAAUGAGAAAUUUCAAGGAAAUUUACACCAACUUGGUUUAUUUCUAUAUGAAUGAAGACGAGAAUAAUCUAAGGAAAUCAAAUUUGGAUGAGUUAGCAAAAAUAAUGGCUUUAGGAAGAAAAUGGAAUAGGAAAUAUUGUAACAAGAACAGAAUUUUGUAUUAUCAAAUGAGAAGAAAUUAUUUGAGUUCUUAUUAUUGCAAGGUUUAUAGGGACGAAAAGAUUUUAAAUAUUAACGGAAAUCGAGAAAGCAUUAGCCUACCUAGUAGUAACAGCUGUAUUGGUAAAUCUUUUAAUCGAAGACUAAUUGAUAACCACGUAUUUUGUAUGAAUGGAUAUUUAGAAAAAAAUUAUUCCCUCCUGAACAACAAAAGAAUUAUUCUGAACUAUUUUAAGAAGAACAAAACUGUGUUUAAUAAAAUACAUGUAUUAAAAGUUGCUCUAAUGUAUAAGUACGAUUUUUAUAAUGUAUACCCAUAUAUAAUAGCAUCAAUUUUUAAAAAUUUCGAAAAAUAUUCCAGUAGUUCUUAUAUGAAUAGUAAUAAAGGUCCUUUUUUGAUUCAAUCUUUAAAGGCAGCUCUGAUAUUUAUAAAAUUCAACAUUUUCUGCAAUUGUGUUCAUGAAAUGUUCAGCAUAGUAAAUGAUGAGCUAGUUCUUAAGAAAAUGGAUUCACCGGGAAAAUAUAAACUGAAGCAACAAAAUGAAAUGUGUGAAUCUAAAGAAAAUAAUGUAUAUUAUUGUUUUCGCGAAUUGAGUACUAAGGGAAAUUCAACUUGCACUGAUAUUACAAAACCUGACUUGAUGAUGCAAAAACCAAAUGUUCGUCGUCACAAAUUAAGGAAUCAGAAGGAGGGAAUUAAUAUGAGUAAUCAUGAUAUUUUGAGUAUUUCUCCAGACGGAGGUGAGAAUAUCAAAAUAAAUUGUAGUGGAAAGAAUAAUGUAGUUUUUGUAAAUUAUUCUAUGAAAAAAUGUAAUUCACUGCUAGGAAUGACAAAACUUACAAAUAUUCUGUACAACUAUUACACAAAGACUGGAAAGGAAGAUACGAAAAGACACCUUUUUCUUAUAGGUAUUGCUAAUAUAAUUAAAAAAUAUAAAAGCAUAUAUAUUAAUUACGAAAUAUUAGAUGCACUGACGAAUUUAAUAAUAUCAUACUUAAUGCAAGUUGGAAACGAAUUGUAUGUAAAUAAUAUGACGAAUAAAAUUUUAGUAAUAUUUGAAAGUAUAUUAAGAAUUAAAAAUAAUGUAAAGAUAAAAUAUGUAUAUUUGUAUAAAACUCUGAUGUGUUUUUAUUCCAUAAACUGUGCAGCAAAAGAGUAUAUGAAGAAAAGAAUAGGAGGAGAUAAAAAUAGUCUGCGAAUAUGUGACAAUAAUAUAUUGAAAAAUUUACUUCAUAAUAUAGUUAACAUGGAAAUGAAGAAUAAGAAAAGAAUAAAUGGAGCAGCACUAAGCAAUUUUAGUAUAUGUUCUAACCGUUCUAACGAAAAGGGAAUUAUUAAUAACCAGAAGCGUGAAAAAAUGGAUCAGAUAAGAUCACCUUCAAAUAAUAAUGAAGUUAUAAACAGCUCGAUUAAUAAUUAUGAGGGAAUAAAAUCUUUUAAUGAAUUUUUAAAUAGGGAUAAAUUGUCAAAUCAUGACAAUGUGGAUGGUAAAAUUAGUUUGCAUGACAAAUGUUCCAUUUUGCAUAAUCAAAGAUCGAAUCAUGAAAAAGAAGGGGUUAUAAAUACUUCUCUAAACACAUGUAACAAUAUAGAUAAGGAAAUAAAAAAUACUAAUCACUCUUUACAAAUAGUCAACAAUUUGAAGAAUGCAUUAAUGAAUGAUAUGGGAAUAAAUAAAGAGACAAAAAAAAGAAAAAUCAUUGGUGGCAACUCUUUGAGUAUGGAAAAAUCUGUAGAACAAAUUGGAAAUGCGUACAAAAUGAUAAAUGAAGAAUAUAGUAUGAACGUUAUAAAAACUGUUUAUUGUGUAUUAAAAGUGUUAAUGAAAUACAUAAAUAAGAAAAGUAUUUCGAAAAAUUUGAAUAUUAUAAGUUGCAUUUUAUUUUUAUUAAUAAACUUUGAUAAUCAGAAGAUAGAAAAAUCUGUUUUGGUUUUAAUAAAUCACAUAAUAAUAACCCAUGAUUUAUUUUUGAAUAGUUUUAGUAAUAUAAUAAGUAGAAGUAAAAGUGAAGAGAAGAAAAAUAUUGAACGUGGUGAAAAAACUGAACAGGCGGAAAUGAAAGAAAACUUAUAUUUCAUUUUUAAUAACCAUUUUGAAAAGGAACAAAAUGUAUCUAAGAAAAUUGAAUUUUUGCAUGAAAUGCUAGUUAACUUAUGUCUUAAAGGAAUGAAAGAAUAUAAGAAGAAUAAUAGGUUUUAUUAUGUGGACAAUACAUUAUACAUAGAUGCAAAAUUAGAAACAAGCCUGAACAUAUUUAUUCUUUUUUGUCAAAUUCAUAGUAGAAAUAUGGGAAAUGAAUAUGCUGAAUUGAUAAGAUUUCUUAUAUUGGAAUACUUAAAAAAUUUAAGAUACAUAUCUUGUUAUUGCUUCAGGAAGAGAAAAAGAAUGAUUACCUUGAAGAAGCUGCUCUAUUUUAUAAAUAUAAACCUAUACUUAGUAGAUAAAAAAGAUGCAAUACACUUUUUAGAAAUAUUGCAAUCGUUUCUUCAUUUGAAGAAAAAAAAUUGUUCCAGUUUUAAUUUAUUCAUUUUGUCCAUGAAUGAGUAUCAUUUGAUAAAUAUGCCUUCAUCAGCAGAUGAAAGGAUUGAUGGCUUUUCAUCUGAUGUAACAUCAGACCAUUCUGCAUGCUUAUAUUCGAUGCAGAAACAGGAGAAAAAACAAGCUAUUAGACAAAAGGUUGAAAUGAGAAAAAUGAUAAAAGAACUGAACGAUACAAAGGUGAAAAGUUUCCAGAUCAGUCAUUAUAUAAAAUACAUAAAUAAUUUGCAACACAGAACCAAUAAUAGUAAUAAUUAUAUGUGCAGUAACAAAGUAUCAUGUAAGCAUUUUUUUUCCAUAGACAGAAUAGUAUAUGAAAGAAGAAGAAAAAAUUAUUUGAGGAAUAAAAUGAAUCAGGAGAAAGAAAAUUAUAGGAAGACAACUAACGAUUUAUAUACACAUUUAUUAGAUGGAAAGGGGGAAUGUAAUAAGGGCGCAAUAAUUACUAAUUUGUGCAAAAGUUUAUAUAGAGAAAAUUUUGAAAAGAUAGACCAAAAGAAACUUAUGUGUGUGGAUGAUAAGGUGAAUAUCCUAUUAAGGAAUGAUAAGAGAAAAAAACGAUUCUACAAAAGAUUAAAGUUUUAUGAUAAUAUAUUUGAGGGAUCUAUUAUUGAAGAAAAUUUAUGUAAUGACUUAUUUUUAUGCAAAAAGAAAAAGAAAUUAAAAACGUUUUCAGUGUGUAAGAAAAAAGAAAACGUAGGUUUAUGCUUAUCAUCGGAGGAGAAAGCAAAUAUAAUUAGGAACUUAAUCAUAUUUGAUUAUUCAGAUGACUACUACUGUUAUGUAAAGUAUUAUGAUAUACUGUUAUAUUUUAUUAAGAGUGAAAAAGAGAAAUAUUCUGAUAAUCAUCAUAUUUUUGAUAUGAAAGAAACAUUUUUAAGACAUAUAUUACCAAAUAUUUUAAGGGGAACAUUUUCAUUUAUUCCAAAAAUUAGAUAUACAUGUAUCCACGUGUUUCAAAAAUAUUUUUUAUCUAAUGAUUUCUUUGAGUCUAUUUGUUUUCUAUUUAAAAAUUAUUACUUUAAGUAUAUCAUUGAUAAAUAUUUUAUAUCAUUGUUUUUAAAUGUAUUAUUUUCAUUCUUUAAGCAUAAUGUAGAAACGUAUGUUUUCUUGAAAAAUAGAACGCAGGGGUUAGUUCCUUUUUUGUGCAAGAAAAAUUAUCCAAACCUUAAAAUAGGAAAAAUAGUACUUAAUGGUAAUGAAGAGGUUUUUAGUGAAAAAACGACAAAUCAGAUAUGUAAUGAAAAAGAGAAUAAGAAGAAGAAAAGACAAAACAAAAAAGUGAAGAAAAAGAAAAAAAGUAAUAAUUUCAAAAUGAAGAAUUUACAUACCUGUGUUAAUAUGAAGGAGUACAAUAGCGAUUUCAUCAAAUGGAAAUAUCAUUUAGGGAAAUAUUGCUAUGAGCAAAGUCAUUUCAAAAAUAAAUGUCAAGAGAAAUUAAUUAAAGCUAAAUAUUUAUUUAAGCCUAUUUUAAGUUUAGUAAACAUUUUUAAGGGAUACUGCCGAUAUGUUUGGAUAGAACUAUUUUCUCAGUUUUUUAGUUUUUUAAGCACAGAACAGAUUAACCAGUUAAAUUUUUGCAUAAUACAUUUUCUUUACAACUAUAUUAGUUUUUAUGAAGAGUCUUCUAAUAGUUAUAAAAAGUGCAUAACAAGAGAGAAUACUAAAAUUGUUUCUACUUUUAGCAUUAUUUGGCAGAAAAACAAAAGAUUUCAGAAUAAUGUGUAUGAAAAUGAUUACAACGUGAAUGUCUUAGAAACUAUCUUGACUUGCAUAUUUAAAACUCAAAUUAUGUUGUAUAUUCCUACAGAAAUUAUUUUUUAUUGUGCUAAGAAUUUUUGUACAUACGAAAUUUCUAAAUGUAUGCUUCAGAUGUUGCUAUUUUAUAACAUGAAGAAAAUUAAGAAAUUUGGGCAUGAGAACAAAGUGAAAGAUGUACCUUUAAUUAUGGACACAGAUCGAGUUGUGAAGUCGAACAAGACAGAAACUCAGAAUGAAUCUGAGAAACAGGUGAAUUGUGGUAAAAAAAUGACAAAUUUGAAGUCAAGUAGUAGGAAUAAGAAACAAAAUGAAUGUGGAAAGCAGAAUUCUAUUGGUGUAUCAAAUGAAAGGAGGGAAAAUAACCCAUCUAUUUCUGUAAAAGAUUAUAACAAUGUAAAGGAGGAGGAGGAGGGCGUUAUAUGUACAAUGAAAAAAAGCUACAAUAGCUAUAAACAUAUCAUUAACUGUUUAAUUGAAAUAAACAGCGACCUGAAUGAACAUGAUAAUGUAUAUGCUUUGAGGAAAUGUUAUGUUAAGAAUAAUGAAUUAUCCAAGUCUUUAUUUUUUAAUCAUUAUAACCUUUUCUACAAAAAUGAAUAUUCAUAUCUGAAGCAUUUUAUAAGUUAUGAGAAAUUGAACUUAACAAAAGAAGAAGUAAAUAUUAAUAAAAUGAAUUGGAUAGAUAGUUUGAAAUAUUUUAGUAAAAUAUCAUGUAUUGAGAGUUAUAUGAAAUUAACUCAUUUAAGGGCACGAACAAAAAAUAGUGUGAAUUCAGCGCCCCCGCAUUCUAACACCUAUGUUCUUCUAUCGGAGGAAAGAAAAGAAAGUCCAAUUUUUAUGAAUUGCAACUAUGAAAUGUUAAGAAGCAGUUAUUUAACAAAUUUGAAUAAUGUAUACUGUAUAAUAAAGGAUAAUUUAAAAUGUACCUAUGUCGAUGAUAAAAUGGAAAUUACCAAUAUGGAAAUGAGUACUGACGUUAUGGGGGAAAAAAUACACAACAUGUACGCGACCAAUGAAUCAGUUAAAGGAGAAAUGAAAAAUGGAGAAAAGGCGAAAAAUAACAAAAACGAAGAAAAAAGUACUGACAUAGUCGUAAGUGCAAAAUGUGAUAAGGUAUCUUUGAAAAAUAACAGUGUAAAUGUUAAAAGAAUAAGAAGUAAAACGAAUAGUCAAAAUAGUUUAAAAUUAAACAAAUCGAAAGAUGGAAAGAUACAAACAACAAUUCAUGAUUAUUUUAAGAGCAAUACAAAAAUAUUACAGGACAACCUUAAUAGAGGAAAGAACAGCGGCGGUUAUGAUGAAAAGGAGGGUGAAAACGUGAUUUAUCAAACGAAUGAGAAUUGUGCGAAUGUAGGGGUAAAUACCUUUCAGGGGUAUAUGGGCAAUAUGAAUAAUCAAAAUGAUAGCAGAAAUGACAGUAAUAGAAAAAAUAGCAUUAUCAACGGUAUUAAUAUGCAGGGGAAAAAGUACGAGCAGCCUAGCGGCUACAGCAAGGAAUGUAAUAGUCCAUAUGACAACUGUAGCGGAAACCACAAAGAUGGAAGGGACAAUAACUUUGUCGAUAUGUUGAACGAUUUAAGCUUGCUGAGAAAGGUAAAUGGAAACGAAAAUAACCAAAUGAAUAAUAUUGUAUAUUUAUAUUUGGAAAAAAUAAUUUAUAAAUUAAAAGAAAAUAAGGACACAAUUUAUGAUAGUAUGCAAGAGAAUGAAAAUAUCGUAAUUGAUGAUGAAAAUGCUACAGCUAAUGAUCUGAGGAACAUAAAAUGGGAGGAAGGAAAUUCAUUAAAUGCGAAUAGAGUUUUCUUAGACCAAAUGAAUGACCAAAAUGAUAUGUUUCUUAUGAAAAGAUUUAAAUUCGAUUUGAAGAGAAAACAUAUAAAAAGGGUUAAGGACAACAUACAUGAUGGAAUGAACUUGCUAAUUAAUAAAGUGAGACAACUAUUAAAUUAUAAAAAUAAUAAUAUGAGUACUCUUCUUGCACACGCAGAAUUAUUUGAACAUGCGCAAACAAGUAUAGAAAUAAUAAAAGAACAGUCUUUAAAAAGAAAACAAAUUGAAAAGGAAGAAAAUGAAAUACAAUUAAUAUUUCUCUUAGAUAAUUUAUUUAAUAUGUGUAAUAAGAACAAUUAUGCAUACUUUUAUGAUGACAUUCACAAUAUGAAAUAUGUGUAUCUUUGGAAACUACUUUUUUUAAAAAUCUGUAAAAUUUUUAUUCACAAUUGUGGAUUGUUUACUUUUUCGAAUAUUCCACGUACGGAAGAUUUUAUAGAGAAUAAUAAGAGUUAUCACUUAUUAUAUCUCAUGAAGAACUUGAGAAAAAUGAACAAUAUGUCUUACAAUUAUUUUGACAAGAUGUAUGAAAAUUUUAUGCUUAACAGUAGUAGUACACGCAGCACUGUUAACAACAAUAACUUCAGUUAUAAUAGCAGCCUUAAUGAUAAUAAGAACACGGAAAAAAACAUACUUAAUGCAAGAUUUAGUUAUAUGUAUAACAUAGAAAUAAUAAAGAUGAAUUUGAAAAAGUUAAUCAGAAGUAACAUUUCAAAUAAUGGAUAUAACAUAACAGAAAAUAUGCUUGAAAAAUACAGUAACACAAUUUGUGAUGAAAGCGAAUUAUGCAACAAAAAAUACAAUUAUAAGAAGGAAAAAAAGCCAAAUAUAUCAAAUGAAGACAAUUAUUUAUAUAUUACAAAUAUGGAGUAUGAAUAUUUUAAUAUAUGUAUCAACUUAAAAAAAUUAGGAGAAAGUAAAAUUCUUCAUAAAGUUGUAAAAAAGAUCAAGUGUUAUAUUAACUCACUAAAUCUUAUAAACACAUUUAAUUUUGACUCUCUACCAAUGGAUAAUUAUGAAAAAUUUCGAAGUGAAUUUUUUUUCAUUAAAGGAAGGAUCCUAUGUAAUUUGAAUAGAAUAAUUUUAUUUUUGUAUAAAAAUAAUUUUAUUGAAAAUAAUUCAAAGUUAAAUUGUGAAAAGUGCAAAUCUUUAUGCCAGGAUAUUGUAAAAGAUGAAUCGGCUAAUGUACACCUCAAUACUAAUAACUUUAUGCAGGUAUUGCAGAGCCCCCAAAGGUGUAUGGAAGAAAAGAACAAUAGCAUUAGUAGCACAGUUGUUAAUAACAAUCACGAUUUUUACACAAAUGACCAAGGUAACACUAAAAAAAACAGGAAAAGAAGAAAAACAACAGUUAAUGAUAACGAAAUGCCUAAGAAUUUGCAGGAAGAAAAAAUUAAUAAUAACAUUGUUGAGGAAAGGAAGGAAGUAAAUAUGGAUGAUAAAAUGUCAAAAAGAAGGAGGAGAAGCAAACAUAUUACCAAAGUAGCUAAUGAAAAUGCAGAAGAUAGUGAGAAAAAGAAUUCAUCACUAAAUAGAGAAACAUUAUUGCACGAUAAGGAAAUGCAUAUCUUUACAGAUAUGAAUAUUUGCAAAGAAGCGAACGAUUGUAAAGAACUUCAUGACUGUAAUGUAAUCAAUAAAGAGGAGAAAAAUAUAUCAAAAAGAGGGGAGGAAAAAAGACAACAAACGAAGAAUAAUGUUGAAUAUAUUUGCAAAUGUGACGAUAAAAAAUACAACAUUUUCAAUGGAAAUAUAAUUGAGGAGUGUUUUAUUUCGUCUCUCAAGAUAUAUCCACUUGAAAAUAAUUCUUGGGUUUUAUGGGGCGACUAUUGUAAAAAAAUGUUUAAAGAGAACCAAAAUAUAGCGUUCUGUUUAAGUUCUGUAAUUUCAUAUUUAAUAUAUUGUAGUAUGAAUAUCCACAAAGGCUUUUACUACUUAAGUAACGUAUUAUAUUUGUUAAGAUUUGACACACAAGAUAAUUCAAUAUCUCAAGUUUUUAAUAAGUACAACGAUAAUAUUUGUCCAGAUGUAUGGUUAUUUUAUCUACCCUUUUUAAUAAAUAACUUAAAUAUUAAUAAGGACAACCAUUUAUACUUUCAUAAAAUCUUUUAUAUUCUGAUGCGAAAAUUUCCACAAGAUGUAUUUUAUCAUUUUAGAUCUCUUCAUAUUGAGAGAAAGGAUAAAUUAUAUUAUAUGAAAAACUAUAGGAACAAGAAUAAAGGAAUGUACAAUAAAUUUUAUUUAGUGAAAAGUAACAUAAAUAUUUUAAAAUAUUGUCAUAAGGGGGGGAGAAAUAAUAAGAAGAAAAAAAUUAAAAUGGAAAAUAUAAUAAUUUCUAAUGAAAGAAAGAAUUCUAAAAAAUGUUUUAGCAGCUCAAUAGAAAAUGGUGGUAAAUAUAAUGAUAGCUCAAAACCGAUUACCUGUAUUCCGAUAGAGAACCCAUCUGAUGAGAACAAUGUGAAAACCUUCAGUUUAAGGGGCGAUGUUAGCACUACAGGAAGGAGUAACACACUUAGUGAAGGUAGAAAUUUCAAGCUAUGCAAUUUAAAUAGAAAUGAAAAUGAUAAUCCCAAUGAAAAUAGUAUUGAAAAUGGCAUUGAAAAAUGUAGAAAAAAUAUUAGCAGAAAUCAUAGUGACAUUCGCAAUGACAGGGAAACUUUUGCCAAAAUGAAGAAUCUCGAAUACAGUGAAUUCGAAAAAUCGAAAGAAGUGAGUUGUAAAGGGGUGAAAAGGAUGGUGAGUAAAAACAGAGAACCUGAGGCUGGCCUUUUUGCUGAAAAUUCUCCUGACAGAUAUAAACAAAAUGAGUUCAAAUAUGAACAUAUAUUUAACGAUGGUUUUGAGCAAUUAAUGCGCUUUUUUAAGGGCAAAUAUGUGGAUAUAUAUACAUCCCUGGAUUAUAUGUGUAAUGAAAUUUUAAAUUACACCAGACUGCAAGCACAUGAAGAGACAUAUUAUUUCAUAAAUAAAUUGUAUUAUCAAUGCAUAGAAUCACCGUAUUCACAAAUACAUGUGUCCAAAUUUAUGCAAAAAAUAACAGAAAAAUAUGUUCUAUAUAAAAUAUAUAGGGCCAAAUUAAGAAAAAAUUAUAUAUAUAGUAGAAAAUGCAAAACUGCUAUUAAAAAUAUGAACAUAUUUUGGAAGGAAUUUAAAAGAGAUAUACAUUUUUUAAAAAAAAAUACAUUUAUGAACAAAAUUAUGAAUACAGAUAAAAGAGAGAAGACGGAAAACACCCAACCCAACGUGAUGAAUAAUAACACUCCAAAAGGUGAAGAAAAGAAAAGUGAUAUGAAAACGUCGAAUUGUGAUGAAUUAAGUAAGAACAAUAGAAAGGAUAACUACUUUUCAUUAGCAGAUUUUACUCACAUUGUUAAAAAAUGGAAAGAAUUACUCUUCAUAAUUAUUUAUUCAUUAAAGGAAAAUCAACGAUUAGAAGAUUUUUCCUAUUCCUUGUUUGAUAUAUUUUCAAAUUUUCCCAUAAAAGUUGAAUUACCAGGUCAAAGAAUAAAAUAUAUUGGAGAAUAUAUAAACUACUAUUACAACUUAAACUUAUAUCGGCCCACGAAUAUUGUCAGGUUGAACUCACCCAUACUUUCUACGACUAGAAAUAAUUGUUGCUUAAAUAAAAUUAGUUUUUUAACUAGCGAUGGAAAUGUUUGUUAUUAUACAUUACAACCGUCUAAUUUCAUUUGUUACAAAUCAGAACAUAAGUUUAUGCUAUUUCAAAUUUUGCUUAAUAAUAUAAUGUUUAAAUAUGAACAAACGAAAAAAAGAGGAUUAUCAUUAGGAAUAAAUAUACACACCCCAUUACACCCCAGUUUUAAAUUAGUAGAUGAAUCUAUUGAGCAUAUAACACUGAAGGAACUUUAUAACGAUUACACAUUGGUUACAAAAAAUGAGAAAUAUUUACAAGAUAAUAUAUUAUUACAUCAUAGAAAUGUUGUCAAAAAUUCAAUACGUACAUUAUUAUUAGAAAAAGUAGAAUCUGUAAUGAUACAAGAGGGGCAGGCUCAGGCUGAAGGAAGUAAAAAAAAGAAUUUUUCUCAGGGUAAGAAAAAUGAGAACAGUGGUUCUGUACUUGUGAAAAAAUCAAAUAGGAAAGAAAUUCAGAAAAAUAUAGAUGGAAAUACAGUAAAAAAUACGGCACUGAAAAAUAUAUCCUUUGAAUAUUAUGUGAAUUUAAAAGAAAAUUUGAUCAACUCGUGUUAUAGUAGUAAUACUUUAAAAAAUAAAGAAAUUUUACCACACAACAUUAGCAUGUAUCAUUACAAUUUAUUAUCGUAUGAAGAAUUAAUCCAUACAUUAAGGAAUAAGGAUUGGUUUAAAAAAAUUUUCAAACAAUGUGUGAGGAAAAGCUUAAAAUUACAUUUUAAAGAUAUGUGUAAAGUCGUACCAAAAAGUAUAAUGAAAAAUUACUUCUAUGCUUUGCAUAACAACCUAGAAAGUUAUUACAUUUUGAAUAAUCAAUUUGUUAAGAGUUAUUCUCUCUUAUGUAUGUUAAAUUAUGUUUUUUUUCAAUUAAAUACAUCGUUAGAUAGAAUAUUAUUGUCAAAAUAUUCAGGAAGAACCAUGUAUUUAGAAGGAAAACCAUCAUAUGCAGAUUUAUCUUUGAAAAAAAAUGUACACAAAAAGGUACCCUUUAGGCUCACGAGAAACAUCCAAGAGUUCAUUGGAUUUCAAGGUCUUCGAGGAUCUUUUCCAUCUAAUUUUUAUGUAUCUAUUAUGGCUUUAAAAAAGAAUAUGAAUUAUCUAAAAUCUUUUUUAAAUCUAACUAUUUUGGACGAUUUUUAUGCGAUGCAUAUGUAUAAAGAAAGUCAAAAAAUUUUGCAAAAAAAAACGUAUGAAAAAAAUGAUGAUAAUGUUAAGAAUGCAUACAUGAACUCAUUUCACAUAGAUGAUUCCACAAAAAAAAUGAUCAUGAAAAAUGCAGAAGAUCAUGUUAGAAAUGUACUUUAUCGAGUCGUCUUUUUAUAUAAAAACAGGUUAGAUAAACGAAGUAUUACUUCGAUUACAAAGAAGGAUGAAAAUAAAAGAGAAACCGAUAUAAAUUUAUAUGAAUACAAUUCAGAUUUGCAGGAUAUAUCACUUUCUGAAUUAUCCUCAGACUAUGAAUAUGAAAAUGUAAAUGUUAAUGAAGAAAAAAACGCACAAAUUGAGAAAGUAACAAAUUCGAAUACCAAGAGGAAGAAAAACGAAGCACAGCCGAAAUUGCUUAAGAUAGAGAAUAAUAACAAUACAUGUAAAAAUAGGAAAGGUUCUGUGAAGAAAGAACAAACAGAAGGGAAUAAACAUAUUUGCGAUACUGAUAAAAUUUUAACGAUUGAAGGAAAUGCAGUGAAAGAUAAAUUGGUUAGCAUAGCCCCGAGUUCGAAGAAAGAGGGCCUUGUUGGAGAAAUGAAGGAUAAUUAUUGUAAUGAUAACAUUAGAAAUAACAAUAUUAGCAAUAACAAUGGUAGUAGUAAUAAUAACAAUGGUAGUAGUAACAAUAACAAUGGUUGUAAUAAUAACAACCCCAAUCCUAACAAUAAGAGAAAACGAAGAAGUAAAAAGAACCAGCCUGGGGAUGCAAAGGAACAUGAUCCAAACGAGCCACAAGUGGUGAUAGAGCAGAAAGAGUUAGAAUAUAAUACAACCAAUAAACAGAGUAAGAAAAAUAAAUCAAGUACUUCCAAAUGUAAGAAUAAUAUAACACAGGAGGAAAAGGAAUGUCUCGCAAACAGUUUUCCAAUCGAUAAUGGACAAGGACAAAAUGUGCAGGUGAAACUUACUGAAAACAAUUUGCAAACAGAACAGAAUAUAGGGCUUAAGAAUACCGAGGAUGUACGCAUGGAAGAAUCGCACAAUUCGGUGAUAGAUUUAAUGGAAAUAUCUAUGAGUAAGAAGUAUUUAAAAAAUAUGAAAAGCUCUUGGUUUCCAUGGUUCUAA